GUUUCAACUCUUAACUCUAAUAAUUACAGUGUUUACAUUAAUGCAGGAAAGAAGAAAAUGCAGAUGGGACAUCCUCUUUAUAUUUCAACUCAAGAUUGUCAGGCUAACCCUGAGAUUGGUUCUGAUGUUUCCUUCUCGACCUUCUGUGGAAUAAACCCUGCCACCAAUACAGCUGAAAUGUGCCCAGGAUUUGUUGGCAGUCCUGUUCUAUGCAAUAAUGGUCAACAGGAUAUUCUUGCUGGCUUUCAAUCCUACACUAUGGCAUGUAAUAAAGAAGGUGUUCCAUCAACCUACACCAAAAUAUCAGCACUUAGAGAUUGGAUUGAUUAUACGCUCAGUAAAUAUCAAGAUUAAAGAUUGGAUUGAUUAUACGCUUAUUAAAUAUCAAGAUAAAAGAUUGGAUUGAUUAUACGCUUAGUAAAUAUCAAGAUUAAAAAUUGGAUUGAUUAAA